UUCCCAACAUGAAAUAGGCCUUUGUGUUUGCAAAGAGGUAAAGAGGCGGAAGAGAGAGAGGAUCUGAACUGGCUUCCAUGUCAUACACUUAAAUUCUCCAUAGAAACUCUGAUCUUAACGCGGAAACUUUAUUAAACCCUGAUGGUGGAUUGAUAAGACCGAAUUUCUCUCGGUUUCUUUUUAUUGUGGAGACCGGGGAGAGAUGACAGAGGUAAAUUGCUAUUUUAAUUAAAGCAAUGCACGAGAGGAAAUUGCUGUCUGAAUAUUGUCUCAGAGAUGGGGUUUGUGACAGUUGCCUGGUAACUUCAAUCUGUCCCACAUUUAUUCCAGAUCACAGUUAUAAGAUAAAGUUUAAUACAAAUCUUUGCCCGAAUGAAAUCCAACCCUUUCUUGAACAACAGCUACAAUGAAACAGAACUGCGGAGGAAACCUUAUGUUUAACAUGUAUCUCUCAGAUCCAACAGAAAAUCUGUUGAAAGAAAGCAAAAGUGGAUCCUGGUGUCCCAUAAAUACAGGAGCGCAAAAAGGUAGUGGACAGAUUCAGCUAUGGCAGUUUCUCCUCGAACUCCUGUCAGACAGCGCCAACAUGUCCUGCAUUACCUGGGAAGGGACGAACGGAGAAUUCAAGCUAAUUGACCCAGAUGAGGUGGCCCGGCGAUGGGGCGAGCGCAAAAGCAAGCCCAACAUGAAUUAUGACAAACUCAGCCGCGCAUUGCGCUACUACUAUGACAAAAACAUCAUGACAAAGGUCCAUGGGAAGCGAUAUGCUUACAAGUUCGACUUUCACGGCUUGGCCCAGGUGUGUCAACCCUCAACAACAGAGCAAGCUCUUUAUAAAUUCCAGAGUAAUUUUGCCCCUAUUCCCUUUUCAGGGAUUUCCAAACUAAGCCUUGUUGGUCCAGGCGUUGGUCCGUCCGGAUUCUCCUAUUGGCCGGGUUCGCCACCGACUCUCUACCACAGUCACAACCUCCAACCCCCGGGUCCGUUUGGUGCUGUGUCCGCUUCGCACAUCAACUGUGUCAACAACAUCAACAACCUGAAUAACAUCAAUAACCACUACAAUUGACUACUAUUAAUCCACCAAUGAGGCAUAAUCAUAAUUCUCGAUGAUUGAUGUAGUUUAAGGCGUGUCAUUUUGGAUUAGGCGUAAUUAUGAUUUUUACUUUCGAAACAUUGUCUUAUCCUAACUGAAUAUGCCAAGGCGCAAUUCAUUAUACAUUUUGUGGAAUGUUUCAAAUGCAAUAACAUGCAUUUUCAGAUAGGCUAUGUGUUUUAGACUAAAUUCAGAUCAAGAACCAUUUUCUUGACAAUUUGUUUUGUCUUUGAAUCGACAGGACACUGGUGCCUACACCUCUGAAAUUGCCUGGGGCUUUAGCGCCAUCAUGUGGCAAUAAAUUAAACAUAUAAAUACUGAAUUGAUCUCAGAUAGGUUUGCAGUGCACUAAUUUCAAAGUAGGAUUAUUAGUGUCGAUCUAAAAACAUUAUGGAGAUAAAGAUAUGUCGUCGCCAAUAUAUUCCCUGAUGACUCCCACUUUAAAUAGCCUUCGUUAUUUUAAAGUUCCAAUACAGACGUGUUUAUCUCAAUAUCAAAUCAGUUUACAAUUGGCUCAUUCAUCCCCCUCCUCUCCCCUGUAACUAUUCCCCAGGUCGUUGCUGCAAAUGAGAACGUGUUCUCAGUCAACUUACCUGGUAAAAUAACGGUAAAAUAAAAAUAAAUAAAAAUAAAAUUUCUGGGUAACUAUUAAGUACCUUACUGUCUUUGUUUUCAAUUAAAAUGGUCAAAAAGAAACAAAUAGCAAAGAGCAAUUUCUCAAGCAAGAAUUUUGUUAGCACUGUCUGGGCGUGGUCUGAGUGCGGAGGGGAUACAGCCAUUCCAGGCUGUAUCACAACCGGCUGUGAUUGGGAGUCCCAUAGGGUGGCGCACAAUUGGCCCAGUGUUGUCCGGGUUUGGACGGGGCAGGCCGUCAUUGUAAAUAAGAAUUUGUUCUUAACUGGCUUGCCUAUUUAUAAAGGUUAAAAUUAAAAUAAAUACAUUCCUAUUGGUCUAUUAUAGCGUCCGGUGAUGUCACCAAGCAGGCAAAAACUCCAUCCCCCCAAACAGGCUGAAAUUUCAGGUGGUCUUUUCAAACAGCUCUUACACUAAAAGGGCAUUAUCCUAAUUUUCACAAUUUAACAGUAACAUUCCAACCUCAUAGGGUAGGCAAAAACUCAACAGAGAGGUGAGAGGUGUUACAACAGAGAGGUGUUACAUUGUGUUCUGACCCAUUUAGAUAGCAGUCACACAGCUUCUUCCACAGUCAGUUAAUAUAUAUAUAUAUAUAUAUAUAUAUAUAUAUAUAUAUAUAUAUAUAUAUUAUAAAACACAUGAAAAUCACGUUUUUGACUGCACUGGGCCUUUAAGCCUACUUUAGACAUACACAGGCAGUCUAGAUACAGUGCAGGCAUCUCCUUUAGUUUUGACAACAACCACGUUAGUUUUUUCCUUUAUACGUUUUAUUUGGAAAUUUUAUGCAUUAAAAAAAGCAAUAGAUUAUUUAAUUAUAAUUUUAAACCUUUUAUUUCUUUGAAAUUUUAGGCUAAAAAUGCCAGUUGAUAUCAUGCAUGAAAUUGUGUGAUGUUAUUUUACAUAGGCCUACAUUUAAUUUUGCCGAAUUAUCACAUAAUGUAUUAAAAUUGUUUUCAAGUCCGUCAACCAUGUUGUAUAAAACCAUCAUCAUCCUCAGAA